GUGUGAGGCAGGAUGUAGGUGCAGAGAAGGCAGAUGCAGGUUAACUUCAACUUAAAUCCCUAUCCCCAGUGGCCUAGACGUACCAAGGCGUGUGGCCCAAUAGCGUGUGAGAGCCUACUGCACGUUCUUGCAAAGCACCAGAAGGGCCAGCGUGUUCUAGGACGUGUUCUUCCGUAGCUUCAGCAUCCCAAGGCUGGGCUUGGAAAUCGAGCCGUUUUUAAAAGGAGCGGGGAGAUGCCGGGAGAUGAGAUGAGGGACCGUGCCCAACUUUUCUUCUCUCCAGAGCCACCCGGGGAGAGGGCAGGCGGCUGCUCCACGUCCAGGUGCCGCUCCUCGGGUGGAGGAGGGGGCCCCGACCCGGCGCGGAAGGCGGAAGCGCCUCUGCCAUUGGCCCAGCCGCGCCCUUUACCUGCGCGGAGCCCGGGGGCCGGGGCGCAAAGUCCGCGCGCCGGGCCGAGGAGGCGGCCGACGGCAGCACAGGUGGGCCCCCGCCCUCGGCCAGGCAAGAUGCCCCUGGGGCUGCGGCGAAAGAAGAAAGCCAAGUCCAAGGAGACCGCCCGGCUGGUGGAGGGGGAGCAGGAGGGCGCGGGCGGCGGCGGCGGCCCGCCGGAGCCCCCGGGUCCCGCGCGCAGGUUGGUUUUCCACACGCAGCUGGCGCACGGCAGCGCCACGGGCCGAGUGGAGGAUUUCUCCAGCAUCCAGGAGCUCUACGCCAAGAUCGCAGGCAUAUUUGAGAUCUCGCCGUCCGAGAUCUUAUAUUGCACUUUAAACACACCUAAAGCUGACAUGGAAAAACUCUUAGGAGGACAACUUGGUCUUGAAGAUUUCAUAUUUGCCCACGUGAAAGGGAUCAAAAAAGAAGUGAAUGUGUAUAAAUCUGAAGAUUCACUUGGUCUCACCAUUACAGAUAAUGGUGCUGGCUACGCUUUUAUAAAGAGAAUUAAACAUGGUAGCCUAAUUGACUCAGUUAAAACAAUCUGUGUGGGCGAUCAUAUUGAAUGCAUAAAUGGAGAAAAUAUCGUUGGGUGGCGUCAUUAUGAUGUUGCUAAGAAGUUAAGAGAAUUAAAGAAAGAGGAACUCUUUACAUUGAAGUUAAUAGAACCUAAGAAGGCAUUUGAAAUAGAGCCAAGGUCAAAAGCUGGCAAGUCAUCAGUAGGAAAAAUUGGUACUGCAAAGGGGACACUUCGCCUGAGAUCAAAAGGUCCUGCCACCGUGGAAGAAGUGCCCUCUGACACCAAAGCGAAGGCAAUUGAAAAGAUUGAUGAUCUUCUUGACUUAUACAUGGGAAUUCGAGAUACUGAUUUAGCUACCACAAUGUUUGACGCUGGAAAGGACAAAGGCAAUCCAGAUGAAUUUGCUGUGGCUCUUGACGAAGCUCUCGGAGACUUCGCGUUCCCAGAUGAAUUUGUCUUUGAUGUUUGGGGAGCCAUCGGUGAUGCCAAACGAGGAUGAUUGGGAUGUGGAGAUCCAUCUCUGGAGAAAUGAACCAUUGUUCCUUCUUAAAGAUCUGCUUUUAGACACUGUUACGGACUCUGGUUUAUGUGUAUAGAAUACAGUCUUUGAAGUAUAAUUUUGAUUUAUGGGUACUUUUUAAUGCAGCUGCAUAUGUAGUAUACUUAAGAUAAAUUACCUAAAAUAUGAUCAAUUUUAAUAUUCAUUCAAAAGUUUUUAAAAGUAAGUUUUAGGGAGUAUUUCUAGGUAAAUGAUUUUGCUCCCCAUUAACAUCCAUGUUUUGUUUUCCACAUAUAAGUAGUUGAUUGCAAUAGCUUUGUAGUUCUUUUGCAAAGUCUUAAUGCAGUGAAAAUUAGGAUUGGAGUAGGAUUUGCCUCAUAGCAUCUUCAUUUUGUUAUAAUGGCUUGAACAGGAUAUGUUCAGGAAACGAAAUGUGAAUUAUGCUUCCUAUAGGUCUAGAAGUGUUGUUGUUUUUGAUCCACUGAGUAAGGGAAGGAAGAUUCCUAUAGCCUGUUGAUGUCUGUGGCCUAUUUUCUCUCUUUGUAAAACAAGGAUUGAUUGACUUUUUUUUUUUGCUUCUUCGCAAUUGCUUCCUAAAAUUUGUUGAAAUCUGUGGUGCUGUAUAUGUGUUUGCAUGUGUGGAAUAAGGGUGAAAAAGAGGCAGGUAAAGUAGAAACCAUUCAUAUUUGAUUUUUUUAAAGCAGUUCCUAAAACAUUAUUUCUUUUUCCACCCAUACCUACUUUUCUGUUACUCUUUAUAAGCACCCCAGGGAAGGUUUUUAUAGUCUUUGUAGAACUUUUCUUUUGAAAGAUAUUUACUCAGAAAAUAACUAUGUUUGAGAACUUUUUUUCUGUUAAAGAGCAACGCUUUUAAGCCCCCUAAACUUUAAAGGAGAUACUAUCAGAAAUAGAUUUUCCCCUAGUGGAAAUAAAAGAGGAAGAGAAAAUUGAGAAAAUAUAUUCGCCUAUUAUUUUAGAGUUCUAACAUUCUCUCUCUAAAACCUUACAUUAUUGAGAAAACUGAGGGUAAAUGGCUGUCUUAUCACUCUUAUUUGACAUUUUACAGAUAUAAGAGAAACGGAAAUGAAUGGUUUCAACAUAGAUCAUUUAAUAAGGCAGAGCAUGGUGUGACCAGGCAUUCUUCUUUGUGCUGUGACCAGGAAAAUGCUGUGUGCUGCCAUGGUAGUCAGAAAUAAUGACCUGUGAGGGCUAUAUUCUAGGAAAUCAGAAAUAGUUCCAUUUUCACUCUGGGUUAAUGCCUAGAUGACUGUUGUUUUCUGGUUCGACUUCACUUUUCCUGCCACCCACUCCCCUUUCGCCUAAGUUUGAUGUUAUGAAGCUGAUAUUCUUUGUCUCAUUAAUCUGAAACCAGCACAGAAACUGAUUUAGUCAUUAAUGUGUAACAAAAGUAGUUUAUAGAAUGUGGGUUGUUUUAUUGCUCUUGCCCAUUGUUUGAAAGCAGGAUCCAGCUCAGGCUGUAAUUUGUUGCUACUUGUGUAGUGGAUUUCUCUGGGAGGACCCAAAAUACCUGUUAAUUCUUAAUACCACUUCUCUUAGAAGGACACACAAAAACAGAGUUGAUAUUUUUAGUGAUGGGAAAGUUAUUGGAUAACUUAGGAGGCCCAUAGAAACAUUUUAGUUUAAACAAAAAGUAAAUUUCUUGGCACUAGAAGUUAGAUUUGAAAUGAUGAGUCAUUGUUUAUUAUUGAUGGAUGUCAGUUUCUCCUUCCUUUCUGGGUAUGAGUGAAGACUGAUACUUUGUGUGGAUUCCCUGUGAUUUAUGGAAUCUCAUAUUCACAAAGUGGGUCUGCUCGCCAUGAUCUUUCUGGAAUUUUGAUAUGUAUGGUAUUGAUGUCCAUGUACAGCUGUAACUGCAACUUGCUUGUUAGCGUUAAAUGGGCAGUUAUCAUUAUUAAGGGCUUCAGCUGGGCACAGGUGCUUUAAUACUAAUGGAUUUUACCUUGAAAUGUCUUUAUCUCUCACCUUUAUUGCUAAACUGAUAACGAGGUCAGUUUCUUUAUGUCAUUUUGUUCCCUUACGUGAAAAAAUAUUUAUCUGUAAACUUUGUGCCUUUUUGUAACUCUCAGUGCCCAACAGUAAUCAGUUAACCUCUGUGGCCGUUAUAUCCAAUAUUAUAAUGUGACAGAUAACUAAAUAGAACUUAAUUUUUCCAAUGAUGUUUAAUUUGCAAUAUUUUCUCCUGUAACUUUAACAAAUAGACAUUUUCCAGGUAAAGCACACUUUAUUUAGGUCCAUGUUAUUGCUAGACCUUCAUCAAGUCUAGAGAGAGCCUUCCUGGUAUUGUUCAGUUAUCAUUGCCUACCUAGCACAGUAGCAAAAUGAAUUUCAUCUGCAAACGGAGUUUUCAAAAGAACAGUUCGUCUAAAUAGAGCACAGUUAUCCACCAAAGAUGUAAAAGAUUGAUCAUAUAAUGACCCUUUUACUUUCUGGUACAUCUAAAAAUAUACGGAUACCAAUAGCAUUGCUAUUAUUCUGGUGGAAGUACUAGGAUAGAAGGACUGUUAAGUAUUUUCCUCAAGCUAUAAGUGAAUAAAGAGAUAGGAGGUGCUAUUCAACUCACAGGCUCAAGUAUUAGUGCUUGUGUAAAAAGCACAUUUAUUAUCGUCUUGAUACAGAUUGGAAGAGAUAGCAGAAUAAUUGCAAGUCUUUUCAUGUCAUGGUUAUAAUAUGUUUCUAAGAUUGUGCAGCGUACAAGUGGCACAGCCUGUCCCUACCUAUUACCUGAAAACCUAGUUCUAAGAAAUGGUUAUUAUCUAGGAGGGUGAAAGCUGAAUGUGACAUCUUUAUUUCCGUUGGAGACGUUAAGUCUCUAUAAGACUUAAGUAUAGCCUUAGAUACUUUUUAAGCCCUAACAAAAUGGAGAAAUUAAAAAAAAAUUUCUGAAAGAUAGUUUUAAGUAAACGUUUUAUAUUUUGAACUGUUUGUGUCAUGCAAUAGUAUUGACUAUGUACAUAUAAAAUAUUCUACUUUUUUGAAAAGAAAAAGAAAAAAGGUUUUCUCUUUUGUAAAAAUCAUAGCAUAUACUUUGAAUGUUUUUUGAGAUUCAAUUUUGGGAAGUUGAUUAAUCUAUAUGUGGA